UCUCGCGAAGAGCCCGGCCUGCACCUGAAAAAGGUCAUUGGCACAACCACAGCCUCCAGCAAUGCCUUCGACUCUCUGCCCCAUCGCCGCACAUUCGUGUGUGUCGCCGGCGCAGCAGCCGUGCUUGCCACUGUAGACGAAGAGCUUGGCGUGAAGCAGGAGUUCUUUCGUGCAAAUCCCAGCGCCACCGGCAUCGUAAAUGUCUCCAGAGACAAUGGUCCCUGGCCUCUUACUCCUACUCCCGGCGACCCACGACAUCGCCAGCUAGGCAAUCUCAAGGACAACGCCUCUCCGAGCACCCUCACCAAUCGCGAUUGGCCCGACUCGCCCACUGGAAGGACAACCUCAGCGAAAGAUCGUGUGAAAGCCGCGACAUCUGUGGCCCUGUCUCCCAAUGCCAAGUGGCUGGCCGUCGGAGAGACGGGCUACAAACCAAGGGUUCUGAUCUUCUCGGCGCGGGACGGAUCAUCCGAGGCACCACUGUGCACCCUAUCAGAGCACACCUUCGGAGUCAUGGCGGUACGCUUCAGUCCUGACUCGAGAUACCUUGCAUCACUGGGCACUGUGAACGAUGGCUUUCUCUAUGUGUGGAGUAUCGAGGAGCGCACAGGCCUAGCGAGCCUGUACGCCAGUAACAAGUGCACCUCGCUGAUCUACAGCAUGGCGUGGUGCGGUAGGAGCAUCGUGACCGUAGGCCUGCGCUUUGUCAAAGUCUGGAGGCCUGAGGAGGAAGUAUUCGAAGUCCGAGAACGCGAUCGAAAUGCCGUAACGACGCCACGACAGAAACACGACAGCAAGUUUGCCGACUUCGGCAACAGCAUUUUAAGUCCAAAGCAUCGCGUUCUCGCUGGGAAAAACUCACUGCUCGGCGACUUGCUAGAAGCUGUAUUCAUCUCUGUCCUGGCCAUUUCAAACUCCAAAGCGCUGGUCUGCGCCGAGGGCGGAGAGAUCUGCCUUCUGGACGACAGCGCACGAAUGCAGACUCUUACUCUCGUAGCGAAUGCUGGAAUGCGCAUUUCCGCCGCGAGGUUAGACAAUCAACAUAUAGCGUCUACAUCGCCGACGAAAUCUUCUCAAUCUGGCAUGCGGCCAGCGCACACUGUUGCACUCGCCACCCUUGGCGAUGCCGUGGUUGAGAUCAAUUCUGAUCGUGUGAUCAGCCUGUUCAAGCCUGGCUUGAGCUUGCGAGCAAGCGAAUCAUUGCGGCCCCGUCGUCUACCUGCCCACCAAGACGCGGUCCUUGGCGUCCUCCCGGUGCAAGCAAUGUCCCUCAGUCAUGCCGCUUUCUUGACGUUCUCCGGCAGUGGCAUGGUGCGAUUCUGGAACCUUGAUGGCGAUUCAACGAGUGAGGCAGUAGAAAUGCCCAUCAACGAUUUCAGUCAGACAGAGGGGACUCCGAACGAGCUGAGAGCAGUCGCAUUACUGGUCAAUGGUCAAUACAUUGCUGGAGGCGAUCGGUAUGGGACCAUCGCUCUGGUGGAGUUGAGCACCAACAAGAUCCACCAUCACGUGCGUGCGCAUUCGGCUGAGGUCAUGGACCUGCUCGCUUUCGAGAAGAAUCAAGAGCAGCUCGUGGCUUCCGCAAGUCGCGAUCGGACCGUGCAAUUGUUCGCGUGCAGAGAGGGAAAGCUGGAGCUUUUGCAAACCAUGGACGAGCACGCCGGAGCUGUGAUGGGCUUGCUUCUAGCGGAAGACGGCCUUCGAUUGAUGUCUUGCUCCGCCGAUCGCUCUAUUGUCGUGCGAGAAUGUAUCCAGCGCGACGGUCCCAACUCUGCUCCAGUGGCCUUUGCAAUGGCACGGGCGAUAACCUUGAAAUCCGCUCCUACAAGUAUUUGCAAUACAUCGCAGCCGGACACGAUCUUGGUCUCGACCGUUGACAGAUCAAUCAUGAAAUACAACAUCAAGACAGGGCAAUCAGGCUUCGGCUUCAAAUGCGCAGAUGGCGAAGGGGGAGAGGCUGUGGCCAUGUCCAAAAUCUUAUUUGCGCCUUCUCUCAACGGCAAUCCCACGAUAGCUGGCGUAUCUGGAAGUGAUAAGUCGGUUCGCUUGUACUCAGACUACGGGACCCUAAUUGCUUGCGAUUGGGGCCACACUGAAGGCAUUACGGCCCUCGCACUGGUUGCGUCAAGAUGGUCAGAUGCCGAGACCCCAGACCGUCUAUCACCUAUGAUAGUCACUGUUGCGGCGGACACAACAAUAUUUCUCUGGGAGAGUAUGGUCAUGGCCCCGAGACCUACAACACAGAUGUCUGACGAAGCGAAUGGAGAAAGUGCUCUCCCAGCGCUGGGCCCUCCGCUUCGCAAGGUGAUAUCGCACUCGGAAAUGUCGAGAAUGCGACGAGAACGUCUGAUUGAUGAGAACAUGCCGCCCUCAGCAUCGACUCCAUCGUAUCCAGCGUCGCCACACAAGAUGCGCAAAAAGACGAGUAGGCUCUCCCUUGCGCAAACUCCCCGUCUCGAUCCUGGAUUUCGGCCAAAUUUUGACCCUUCUCGACGCCGCAGCAUGAUGCAGCGCUCGCCUUCGCCACCCAAAUCGGUUUGUCGGACACUCAGAACCUACCGCAGGAAGCUGGGAACCGCAUCUGUAACCGAAGAAAUCAACACAGACGCUCUUCGUGAGCUUGAAAAAGAGCUGAAGCUCACAGCUCGCGCCUUGGGUGAGAGGUCAACGAGCAAGACUCUUGAUGAGGUGACUGUGGCUAAGCUGCUUGACCAAAUGUCGGAUAAAGUGGUUGGCCUUCUCGAAAGAAAAUUU